AUGGCCGCUGAAGCAAAGAUUCCCGCCUCGCUGGAGCAAGAGAGCAUCGUCACAAGACUCGAUGACAAGACCUUUGCCGCCAAUCUCUCACCCAGCUUCUGCAUCGGCGCAGUCCCCAACGGAGGCUACGUCGCCACAAUCUUCCUCCGUGUAGCAAGAGAAUAUCUCACCCCCAGGGACCAACCAGACACAAUCAGCGCUCACUGGGAAUUCCUCAAUCGCACAAUCUCCGGCCCAGCUGUCCUCACCGUCGAAGAGGCCAAACCAGGCCGCUCUAUCACCGUUCUGCACGUUACUCUCUACCAGGGCAAUCUCCUCCCUCAAGCCCCAUGGAUCUCAACAGGACAAGGCAAGCAGAAGUCGGAGAAAGUAGUUGUCGCAUACCUCACAAACAGGAGCAUCGCCGCAGAAAAGGGCAUUAGUUUUUCCACGGGGUGGUCUCUUCAACCCAGUCUACGUCCGCCAACAGACUUUUCAAAACUCCUCACGAACCAAGAUCCUGAAUGGGGAGCCCUCGAUAUGCUGAUUCAACGGAGAGUGACCGCCAUGCAACAACUUCGCUUCUUUUACAACCGCGAAGCUUUUGCCAAAUCGGGGACUGCCUCUUCGUUUGAUCUAUGGAUGUGCAACUCCAACGGCGAGCCCUUUACUGCUCCGGCUCUGGGAUUCGUGGUGGAUAGCACGGCGGCUUUCGUCACGGAAAUGCAUCGCCCUCGGACAAAAGACGAUCCUCCGGCGGCGGGAGGUGCCCUCACGCGCAAGACGGGCUUGUGGUAUCCCACGCUGGCGAUGAACCUAGAUGUGAAGAAGGCGUUGCCUGAAGCGGGCGAGCCGUGGUUGUUUGUCCGGACAUCGUCUAAGCAGGUGCUCAAUGGGAGGUAUGAUGUCGAGGUGAUUGUGCUUGAUCGGGCGGGCGAUUUGGUUGCUUUGAGUCAUCACGUUGCUAUGAUUGUGAGUUCGGAGAAGAAUACUGCGAAUAGAGAGGCGCUGGCUGGGAUCAAAUACAAGAUGUAA